AUGUUCAUCACUGGAUUUGCCGUUGUUAUGGCUGUGCUGGCCACAAACUUUGUUGUCGUUGCCGAGCGAAGCAUUACAUUGUCAAAGAACAAGUCUCAAAAGAAGGCACGCCGUGAGAUGGAUGAGAAGCAAUGCCUUAUCAUGGAUGAAAAGAAGGCUAUGGCAGCUGCGCUGUCAUGA